AUGGACAGGAAGCGCAAAGGCGGCGCUGAAAAGGCAAGAAUCAAAAAAAAGAAAGCUUUGGAAACUGAUGCGGCCAAAUGUCCUAAGUUGAGCACAUUUUUCCUAAAAAGAACUAAUGAAGACGACGAGGCCGCUCUUCAGCAGCAGCCGCCUCAAGGCCCUGGCCCGGUAACGUUACCAAGCUCCAGUCAUGAGCCCAACACACCAGAGUGGGCAGUGUCAGAAACAGAGCCAGGACCCAGUUGUAAAGAGACUACUGCUCUCACUGUGAAAGACACAGAUUGGCGUUGUCGAGAGCAGGACGGUUGCGAACAGCGGCACGGAGAACUCCGUGGACCUGGUGUCUUGCAAACCAGGAGAUCAACGAUCAGCCUGCCUCUAUACCUCGAAAUAAAAACAUUUUUUAGAGAGAAGGAGGCCAGGACCGCGGAGGACUCCAAGCUGUUUUUCCACUCCGUAAAACAAACAGGAAGAGAUUUCUGGCAGCACGGAAAACAGGUUUCAGCAGGUCUGCCUAAACCAGCUGAGGGACCACUGCAUAAGCUCCGGCCUGGGGACUUUGUGGUGAUCAAAAGCUUCAGGAGGAAGAACUGGCAGUCCAGACGCUGGGAAGGACCCUUCCAGAUCCUCCUGGUCACUCAUACAGCAGUCAAGGUUGCAGAACGAUCCACGUGGGUACACGCAACACACUGCAAACAGGUUCCAGACCCAGGAGAGGUGCCAGGUUCGCUAACACCUGCAACAAGUGACGAGCAGGUUCCCUGCUGAGUCACCUACGAGGGAAAUUGAUUCAGAGACCAGCCUGACAGACGGCGUUCUGUGCUAUCUCUGAAAUCAAUCGGGGAAAAACUGGAGUUUUUCUCACUGAUUUGCAAAAAACACACCGAAGGAGGAGAGAAAGUGUGACCAAAAUACUGGUAUUGUACCUUUGACACAGCACAUUCCUGAAAAACACCCAUUCUGUUGAGCUCUGACAGCUCUCACACUCACAGCACAUUCCUUGUUUUUCCUUACACUGCGGAACUGUUGACAUUCCUCUGUGACUCAGAGCAGUGUGCUCAGGCACACACACACAAAACAGGAGCAGAGUGCUGUGAUAUGCACAUAUGAUGGAGCAGCACGAGAAACUACUGAAGUGGUACCCCCCAAGGAGAUUCGGGGGGUCCAAAUUUGUACUGGGUUUAGUCUUCAUUACUGCAUUUGUGAUUUUUGCAUUCGUAAUGUUAGAAAAAUAUGAUAAACCGCUGACUGAAAUAGCCACUUUUUCCAACACCACUUCUUCCAAUGACACAGACACACCCAGACACACUAGGAACACCAGUGAGGAGCAUGGGAGGGGAAAGCGAGUGACGCGUUCCAUAGUUUCUGCGUCUAGAAGUAGAUGGCGUUCAGAGUACAACAGCUAUCACAGAGCUAAUGUUACUAUCAUGAUCAACACUACAUCCACUCUUAUGCUUCAGCCCUGUGACUAUGUGUGGUGUGGGGAGAAAGGAGCAUCAAUAGGAGAGAGAGAGGUAUAUGUAUGCUACAUUGCAGUGAUAAUGGAUUUAGGAUACUACAGAGAAGGAGGACCCAUAUGUUCCUCAUGGAAGCAGGCUGUUUGGAAUACGGGUAAUGUGGGUUGGGGCUAUGAAAUUCCUAACGACCACACAGACCUAACUAAUAGAUUGUCAAUAAAGAAAGUAAACUAUUCCUCAACAGGCAUCUUGUUAACAUUGACCAAUGCUCAGUAUUCGGACCAAGGUUACUUCGUUGUGUGUAUUAUGACCCUAGGGAGACUUCCCUGCGGAUCUUUCUAUCUUGAAGUAAUCUCACCUUCCACAUCUCACACAGAAUCACCACAUGAGACACAGUUUUAUGUUUUGAUGAUUUUUACUUAGACGUGAAAGCUUGCUACAAUUAAAAAGGGUUUUUUUUGUACCUCUUUAAAAAACAGCAUUUCAGCAAUAGACAAUUAUAUCCAUAAGUUUGAAUCUUAAGAAGAAAAGUUUGAUUAUGUGAUUAAUGAUUUAAUAAGGUUUGAAUCUUUAAAGGUAAAAUUAAUUUUUUGUGAUUAUUUUGUAAUCAAAAGGGUGGACUGUGGUGGCAAAUUUUAUUUUAACCAUUAUUGAUUAAUG